AGGUUUGAUCCAAGGACGUUUACAACCGAGAGCUUGACUUGUGCUUUUACCCUUUGAUUUUCUUGAGGGAAAAUCAUACUUUCCGGCAUUUAAAUGAUGCAAAACAUCAAAUGCGUGGUGGUGGGGGAUGGGGCUGUUGGGAAAACCUGCCUUCUCAUCACUUACACAACCAACGACUUCCCUGAGGAGUACAUUCCGACUGUCUUUGAUAAUUAUUCCACCACUGUGACCAUCGAUGGUCACUUAGUGAAUCUGGGAUUGUGGGACACAGCCGGUCAGGAAGACUAUGACAAGCUGCGACCUCUCUCCUACCCUCAAACUGAUGUGUUUGUGAUCUGUUUUUCCCUGGUCAGCCCUGCUUCUUUCCAGAAUGUACGUGUCAAGUGGUACCCUGAGGUCAAACGGCAUUGCCCAAACUCUCCCAUCAUCCUCGUGGGCACCAAGCUUGACUUACGAGAUGACAAAGAAAUCAUUGAGAAGCUAAAGGAGAAGAACCAGGCACCCAUCAGCUAUGAGCAAGGUGCACAGAUAGCGAAGGAAAUUGGGGCUGCAAAGUUUAUUGAAAGCUCGGCCUUCAAACAGAAAGGCCUAAAGACAAUAUUCGACGAGGCCAUUCGGGCUGUCAUCUUCCAACCAGUGCAGAGGAAAAGGUUAUCGUGCCACAUUCUGUAGAAGAAGUACCAGGAAAUUAUGGGUGGGGUAAAUCCUUAGCAAUUCCUGAGACGUUGUGCGACAACAUGGAGUUUGAAGUCAAUUGGAGUUUUCGUUGCCGAUCUUUGCUCUGCUAGUAGAAUCUUACAACUCUGAAGAAGACCAUUCGGCUCAUCGUGGCUGUGCCGUCUCACUUUGCUACUGGAUUAGUCCCCACUCCCCCUGUUCCUUCCCCAUGGCUCUGCAGCUUUC